AUGCAGGCUUUGUGGUCGAGAGCCGGCCAGGCUCAUCGCUGCGGUUGCCGCGCUUGCGAGACAGUCGUGAGCACUCUCGGCCGCCGAGUAACGACCGCGGCUCGACCACGCAAAGUCACAUUCGCCGAUAUCUUCACAGCAUGCUACAGUUCCAUGUUUGCGACUGCCGCCAUUGUCGAUGCCGUACGAAAGGAAGACCGACGACAGGAACUAGACCGACAAUUGGAGGAGACAAGGCGGGAACUGGCACAAUUAAAACUCCGAAACCUCGAAGCGAGUCAGAGGACGACCGACAACAAUUUAGCUCAAGAUGACAUCUCCCUUGGCCAAAUGAAUCACUUAUGGGAGUCUAUCAAAGAGAUAUACACGAACCGACCGUUCAUGAAGGAGAUCGAUAAGCCUGCCACCAUCCGCAUCGACGAGUUCCUGAACCGAGUCCAUAUUGAACAAUAUGAAUGUCCUAAUCAGGAAACGAUGGAUGCUUACCGACGUACGGACUAUGACCGUCUCGAGCACGCCAUCCUUCGCGAGGAAACAGACGACAGUAUCCCUCACAGGAGGCCAAUGAACUCGAAGCAGCUUCAUAAUGCUGGACGCACGCUCAAUCACCUUAUCCAGCAAUUACUCAAACGAGCCAAUGCUCACGACAAAUCUGGCUCACCGUGUCCCAGCUUUGACGAGGCUGUCGAACUUGCAAACAAGAGCCCUUCUGACAAGUAUCUUGUGGAGUCAAACAUCGAGACGAUGAAAAAGAACCGCGUCAAACUGAACCACGGUCUCCGUGAGGUUGUUGGCUCACCAACAUUGAGUCUCAAGGAGAAAGUCGGCAGAGUGUGUUACAACCUGCUUGUCUCUGCCUACCCGGCUGAUAUGCACACAUACAACACAUUAAUAGUGGUUUUCGACAAGCAGGGUUACAAAUAUUUAUCAGAAUCAGUAGUCAAUUCUUUCUACUAUUACAGAAGAUUGAGGCCGACGCCAUCGACGUUUGUGGCUAUCUUGAACCAUUACAAAAACUCGGGCAAUCACGGUCAAUUCUUGCGUAGCCUGGCAUGCGUUGCUGGACUCGACGGCGAGACAGGGGCCAAGUUAAGACGCAGGUUAGCAGACAGUUACGAACCGUCGAGAGCCGGUCGCAACAAGGUUCAGACAUGGACACAAACGGGUGACUAUUUCUGGGAGCAUGCGCCGCUUGAUAAGCCCCUCGUCGAGGCUACCAUUCAAGGUCUUCUUCACUUCAAGCUUUUCGACCAAGCUGCCUCGUUCUUUGUAUCGUGCAUGAGGGCUAGAGUUACCCUCAGUACACAGGUCAUCAAGCAGUUGUUCGAUGAGUGCAUUGUCGCUCUCGAUUGGAGGUCUGCAGUGCGUCUGAUACAAGGAUUUGCAGAAUGCAUCAAGACAUGGCCAUCCAUGUUACUCGGCAGGGAUCAAGAUACAGCCUAUCUUAUUAGCCGGGUGCAUGUUCUGCUCGAUAUUGCCGGCUUGCGAGGUUCAGGUGGUGAAGUGUCUGUGUCAGCUCUUGACAAUCUGUCAAUAUCCAAUCCUGGAUUCCGACGAUUCCUCAGCGACCUAGCAGCAGCAGCAAGCUCAACAUCCCAGCUGGAGACACAAGAUUCAACAACCAGCCUUACCAGUUCUUCAGGAAGGAGGUUACUUCAGAUUGAGGCUCUAUGGAAGGAACAAGAUUUGGUUGCAAAGACAACGCGCUCUAUCGAAAGCAAACUACUAUAUCCCGACUUUUCUCAGGAUUUCCGCGAGUCAAUGGCAUCUCAUAUUGGAAACACUGCAGUGAACAAUGUGGUAGAGCUGAAUGGGGAGAUCAUGGACUUUUUCUCACGACUGCCACGCUCGGCGCAGGCUGAGCAAGCUAUUACAGAGUGCAAGAUCUUCGAAGACACCUCUCAACUUCGUUUUGGCAGUACCAUUGUUGAAGGUGGUGAUAGCGUUGUUGGAAAGAUGCAAACGUCGAGACGGACAAUGACAAACGAGCAAGUUGGAGAGACUUCGGUGUUAUUACAAGAGGAUGGGCCAGACAUGCUCUCAAAACGAAAGACGAUAGCGGUUAAGCGGGUAAAUGCAGCGGAGCGUAAGCUGCGGGCGACACCAACGAGGUUGACUGCAUGGCCAGUGACAGAUCAGCAUGCAGGAUAUUUGGAGAGGGCAAGUUUCGGCUAG